AGCACAACGAACGGGGUUUCAUAGUUUCCUCCGGUGGAGCCGCUAGAAGCUCCCGAGUUCAGAGCGCGGGGCAGUGAAGAAAUCGGGAAGGAGGAACAUCAAAACCGAUUAGGGAAUAUAGGCUGAUAGAGCGAGGGAAGGAGAGGGAAGCACAAGAAGAUAUCAUCUAUGGCCGAUCCCUACUACAGCAGAUACGGCACUCCCUCAGACCCUGCAAGCAUUCCAAGGAGUAGCUUUGCUGGUUAUAUGCCAUCUGAAGCACCAUCACUGGCUUCUCCCCCUACAUCAAGCUUGACAGAUUUUCGUGGCAUUGGAUCAGAUUACCUGCAUGAAGAUACAAAGUUGUUUCACACUGGGUCAUAUGCUAUUGAUGGUGUGGGAUCUAGACAUCAUUCUGAGCUUACUGCAACAGGAGAUCACACAAAAGGCUAUGCAUCUCAUGAAUAUACUGAUCUAAUGAGGAAAAAACGAGAUCUCUCACAAGGGAUCAGCCCUGGAGAUCCUGAUAUAACUAAUGGAAGAUCAGCAUUAAAAAAUACAUACAAUGCUCUCCCAAAUUCAGUAAGGGAUUCAAACAUUUUGUUUGUUGGUGGACUUCCGAGUGACUGUACUAGAAGAGAAGUUGGCCAUCUUUUCCGCCCCUUUAUUGGCUAUAAGGAUAUCAGAGUUAUUCACAAGGAACCCAGACGGAGUGGAGACAAGGCUUCAGUUUUGUGCUUUGUAGAGUUCGUUGACUCUAAAUGUGCUCUCACUGCUAUGGAAGCUCUGCAAGGCUACAAGUUUGAUGAUAAAAAACCUGAGUCACGGGCCUUAAAAUUGCAAUUUGCUCACUUUCCUUUCCGCCCACCACCUGAUCAAGAUAAUUAGCCCCAAACAACUUGCUAAUCCGCAGUAUUCUAGCUUUAUUGUUGGGCAAUGGAUUUGCUGAUGCACAGAUAAGAUGAUUGGUGACCAGGCUGGAAUUCCUCAGCACCUGUAGGGACUUGCCACUUGACGUGCCUAGUUGUAAUCCCCCUAGAAGACUGAUGUAUCUAUCAUAAUCUGACGGCAUCUUUUUUGUGCUCUAAAGUUCUUCUGGCACUUUCUUAAUGAUGUUGGGGAGCAUGGCUAAAACGGCCGUGUCAAUUUCUGUCCUUCC